AGAACUAUAUACCUGCCUUCUAAUAGGUUAGAUUUUAUUAUAGAGUCUAUGUUAAACAUGACACGACCACACGUACACACACCCAUAAUAUGAUAGAAUGUCCUCCUCACCUUCAUUGCACAUUUUUCUUUCUUCUCUCUUUCUACAUACAUUCAUUUCAUUCAUUUCCUUUUCAGUUUAUUAAAAAGUUAAGCGCACGACUAGAUGACUACAACCAUACAUCCUGUUUCCGUCAUUAUGUGCUACUAUGCAUGAUCGUAUCCUUUUUAGGUGGUAAUUUCGCAUUCUGUCAUUACGUCAAGAGAUUUCUAAAGUGUCACUCAAUCUGCUGUCGUUGCGGAACCUUCGCUUCCCAUAUGUCCGCGCUUCACCAUCACAAAAAGAUAAAAUAUGUGUUACGUUGUACCCGAUACUGUACCUGGGUAUAGUUAAUCGCCGAAAACAACGCCUUCGGCUCCUGUCAUUGA